AGGAAGACAGAGGAGGGACAGCGUCUAAAGAUGUGGGGCAGGGGCGACGGUUAAAGAAGUCGCCCCAGGCUGCGGCGCGGGUGAUGUCAGCUCUGGACAAAAAUAGAGAGGGAUCGCCUGCAAAUCCCCAGCUCCGGCGGGGCUAAACCUUGCAAUCCCUCCCGGGCCGGCGCCGAGCCAGGGCGCAGCGGCCUCCACCGCCUCCCCCGGCGCGCACACACCAGCACACGCGCACGCACGCACACACUCCCCCGCACUCUCGGUCUUCCCGGGUGUCUCUAGGUGCGGGCCACUCGCUGCAUCAGUUUGCUCCGCGGUGAAGCAUACACAGGUGGUGGCCGGGAGGCAGGGAACGCGUUCCUGCAGCUCUGCAGCCGGGGCGCUCCAGCAGGAGCCAGCCUGGGAUCCCCGCAGAGCCUCUCGGAGCGCUGGCCGCGAGCCGCGCACGGGAACGCGGACCGCGCGUCGUGGAUUAGCGCCCGCAGCAGCCUCCCGCGCGCGCCGAGGCGCUAAAGGGCUUACCCAGGAGGGGGGUGCGAGGGCGGGGAGAGGCUGCCCGUUAAAUACCGCUCCCCGCCGCACUCCGGGCUCACCCAGCUCGCCGCCACCGUCGCCAGACCGUGCCCGGGAGGAGGGGGCGUUCCCCACGCCAUGGCAUCAACGGAAGGUGCCAACAAUAUGCCCAAGCAGGUGGAAGUGCGCAUGCACGACAGCCACCUCAGCUCUGAGGAGCCCAAGCACCGAAACCUGGGUCUGCGCAUGUGCGACAAGCUGGGGAAGAACCUCCUGCUCUCACUGACGGUGUUUGGUGUCAUCCUGGGGGCAGUAUGUGGCGGGCUGCUUCGCCUGGCGUCUCCCAUCCACCCCGAUGUGGUCAUGUUGAUAGCCUUCCCGGGGGACAUACUCAUGAGGAUGCUGAAGAUGCUCAUUCUCCCCCUCAUCAUCUCCAGUUUAAUCACAGGGUUGUCAGGCUUGGAUGCUAAAGCCAGUGGCCGCCUAGGUACGAGAGCCAUGGUGUAUUACAUGUCCACAACCAUCAUUGCCGCUGUGUUGGGCGUCAUUCUGGUGCUGGCCAUCCACCCUGGCAAUCCCAAGCUCAAGAAGCAGCUGGGGCCUGGGAAGAAGAACGACGAGGUGUCUAGCCUGGACGCCUUCCUGGAUCUCAUUAGAAAUCUCUUCCCAGAGAACCUGGUGCAAGCCUGUUUCCAACAGAUUCAGACAGUGACAAAGAAAGUCCUGGUGGCACCUCAGGCCGAGGAGGUCAAUACAACCAAGGCGGUCAUCUCCAUGUUGAAUGAAACCAUGAACGAGGCCCCCGAGGAAACUAAAAUCAUUAUAAAGAAGGGCCUGGAGUUCAAAGACGGGAUGAAUGUCUUGGGUCUGAUAGGGUUCUUCAUUGCUUUCGGCAUUGCCAUGGGGAAGAUGGGCGAGCAGGCCAAGCUGAUGGUGGAGUUCUUCAACAUCCUGAAUGAGAUCGUAAUGAAGCUAGUGAUCAUGAUCAUGUGGUACUCCCCACUGGGUAUUGCCUGCCUGAUCUGUGGGAAGAUCAUCGCCAUCAAGGACUUAGAAGUGGUUGCUAGGCAACUGGGGAUGUACAUGAUCACAGUGAUCGUGGGCCUCAUCAUCCAUGGGGGCAUCUUCCUCCCCUUGAUUUACUUUGUGGUGACCAGAAAAAACCCGUUCUCCUUUUUUGCUGGUAUUUUCCAAGCCUGGAUCACUGCCCUGGGAACAGCUUCCAGUGCUGGAACUUUGCCUGUCACCUUCCGUUGCUUGGAAGACAAUCUAGGGAUUGAUAAGCGUGUGACCAGGUUUGUCCUCCCGGUUGGAGCAACCAUCAACAUGGAUGGUACAGCCCUUUACGAAGCCGUGGCCGCCAUCUUCAUAGCCCAGAUGAACGGUGUCAUCCUAGAUGGAGGGCAGAUUGUGACCGUAAGCCUCACAGCCACCCUGGCGAGCAUCGGUGCAGCCAGUAUUCCCAGUGCCGGGUUGGUCACCAUGCUCCUCAUCCUAACCGCCGUGGGCCUGCCAACGGAGGAUAUCAGUCUGCUGGUGGCGGUAGACUGGCUCUUGGACAGGAUGAGAACUUCAGUCAAUGUUGUGGGUGACUCUUUUGGGGCUGGGAUCGUCUAUCACCUCUCCAAGUCUGAACUGGAUACCAUUGACUCGCAACACCGAAUGCAUGAAGACAUCGAAAUGACCAAGACGCAGUCCAUUUACGACGACACGAAGAACCACAGGGAAAGCACCUCUAACCAGUGUGUCUAUGCUGCACACAACUCUGUCAUAAUAGACGAGUGCAAGGUAACUCUGGCGGCCAAUGGGAAGUCAGCUGACUGCAGUGUUGAGGAAGAGCCUUGGAAACGUGAAAAAUAAUGACCUGAAUCUCAGCCAAUUCUUGAAUAAACUCCCCAGCGUAUCUUAUGGUAAAAGAUGCUCUAAACAGGCUUCCUUUGCGAAAGGAAAAAUGCAUAUAUUUCUAUGUUUACUUAAUCUGUUAGCCGAGGCUUAGAGGAGUUGUUGUGCACCGUGAUGACAGGCACCAUGCUGUGUCUUUGCCAAAUAAUGCUUCAUAACUGUCUAAUUUUCUUACUUGUGUUAUUGUCUGGAUGGAUGCUGCUGGAGAAAUCACUUUGAACAGAAGACACAUUCUCGCGAGCUUCCCUAUGUCUCGAUGCAGACCUGUGUAUGCUGUUUCCCCAGGGAGACAGGACGAAAGCAGUGUGGUACACGCCAGGGACUGGAGACAGUGAGCACACGCAGUAUGGUAUUUCUUAAAGUGUUCAUGGCUCACCUUGUUCUGUACUAAAGAUUCUGCUAGAAGCUUCUAGAAGUUCCUCCUCUCCAACCUGUAAAGUCAACACCUGCGUUGACCGGAAGCAUCUGUUGUAGGGAACUCUGACGACUUACAAUUUGUGUACUGUCUAAGUUAAGUGGGUGUCCAUACUCUUGGAAGGCAGGUGACCCUGGAGCCCAUGACAGCUGCUCUGCCUUCCGUGUGUGUGUGUGUGUGUGUGUGUGUGUGUGUGUGUGUGUGUGUGAAAAUGAAAAAUGGGGAAUUUAAAAUUUGAAAAUGAACUAGGAAUUAUCUGUGCAUAACUACUGCAUACCUUGAGAAAAGUAGGAGAACAUAGUCAAUCUAACUUUUAACCAGGCUUAAAUAUUCAAGCACACUUGUUUGAUUUGCAUUCAGACAGUAGAGUGAAGUUGUGUGAUUGUCUGUCUGAUCUGUUUCUAUUUGUUCCACGCAUCAGAUUCUCAUUUGAGUUCCUAGCAAAAAGAUUUGCAAUAUCCAAAUUGCUUCCUUCACAUUCUCACCCGUCUACAUUGCUGAGCAUCUUAGCUUCCUCACACAGAGGGACACAUGUUGACUAUGCCUCUUUUCGUAUCAUUUUGAUAUAUAACACGUAGAAAGUGUUCCAUUUUAUAAAGGGCCUGAAAACCAUCCCAAGACACAAAAGCAUUCUUUCUCUUCAGUGAGAAAGGAACAGCAAGCGAAACGCUCUAUAAAAUCCUAUAAAGGUGAUAUUCCCAAGACAGAGUGCAGGCAGCCUCGAAGCAUCAAGUAGGGACAAAGAAUGACUCCACACAACCUCCCGGGUAGACUCCUGUCCAAGGGCUGUGAAAGUCUGAAGGAAGAAAUAAUAUAAUUGGCACAGCAUGGUGGCUUGCCUGUGAUAUGCAGCCAAUGAAUCCUUAAUGAUCGGUUGUGCAAGCUAAAAUUCUGACUGUCUCCACUAUUAUCUUCUGAUGAAUAACCCACAGUAUUUUCCUAAGAUUCCUGGGUUUAAGGGUUAGCUGGGAACUUGAGUAACUGAGAAACAGAACACAUUUGACUCUAAAGAGCAGAUAGAACCUGUUCACAGGUCAAAAUACAUGUGUCUUCCGAGGCAAGUAGAGCUGGGGAGACCUUCAUAAAUAAUAGUAGGAUACAGCGUCUCUGACAAAGGGUACUGCGACAUUGCCUCUCCUUUGAGUCUCUUGUGACUUCUCUCCUUCGAAUCAGACAGCUUGGAAACAUACAAAAGACAAGAGAUUCCUGGCUUUUGUUUGUUUGCUUUAAUCUCAUAAACCUUAAUUGUUUUUAAACAAGGACCACCAUGGAGCAGUAUUAACUGAAUUAUUUAUUUAUUUUUUUGGUUUGGUUUUUG